CUCAGGUUGAUGGCAGCGGCAGCUGGGGCUGCAGCAGCGCCCGGCCCUGGAAAGCCGCAGGCAGCGCCGGAGCGCGGAGCCGGACGCCCGGGUCCCAGACGCUGCGGACACCCAAAGAGGCGGCUCCUUCGUCCUGACGCCUUCCUCGGCCCCCAGCGCACUCGGGCCCCCUUCGCAGAGGAGUCGCAGCGUGAGCGCCCCGCUCAGGACCAGAAAAAGGCAAAACCCCAUCUGCCUGAACUAGGACAGAGAUGCGAGUUCGGGAUCCUGUGGCGGCCGCAGUCUUCGCCUUACAUCUGGCUUUAAGCUGAGAUCCAAUGGUCAAGGCCUCCGCUUCUGGACAGCUCACAGGACUAAGGACCAAAGGCAUUUCUGGGCACUAAGAUCCUACCUCUGCCCGCAGCUAUGAGCAGACGUGUGGUUCGGCAAAGCAAGUUCCGCCAUGUGUUUGGGCAGGCAGCAAAGGCCGACCAGGCCUAUGAGGACAUCCGUGUGUCCAAGGUCACAUGGGACAGCUCCUUCUGUGCUGUCAAUCCUAAAUUCCUGGCCAUUAUUGUGGAGGCCGGAGGUGGGGGUGCCUUCAUCGUCCUGCCUCUGGCCAAGACAGGGCGAGUGGAUAAGAACUUCCCACUGGUCACUGGGCACACUGCUCCUGUGCUGGAUAUUGACUGGUGUCCACACAAUGACAACGUCAUCGCCAGUGCCUCAGACGACACCACCGUCAUGGUGUGGCAGAUUCCAGACUAUACCCCCAUGCGCAACAUUACGGAACCUAUCAUCACACUUGAGGGCCACUCCAAGCGUGUGGGCAUCCUCUCCUGGCACCCUACUGCCAGGAAUGUCCUGCUCAGUGCAGGUGGUGACAAUGUGAUCAUCAUCUGGAAUGUGGGCACUGGGGAGGUGCUGCUGAGCCUGGAUGAUAUGCACCCAGACGUCAUCCACAGUGUGUGCUGGAACAGCAACGGUAGCCUGCUAGCCACCACCUGCAAGGACAAGACCUUGCGCAUCAUUGACCCCCGAAAAGGCCAAGUGGUGGCGGAGAGGUUUGCGGCCCACGAGGGGAUGAGGCCCAUGCGGGCCGUCUUCACACGCCAGGGCCAUAUCUUCACCACGGGCUUCACCCGCAUGAGCCAGAGAGAGCUGGGCCUGUGGGACCCGAACAACUUCGAGGAGCCAGUGGCGCUGCAGGAGAUGGACACAAGCAACGGGGUCCUACUGCCCUUUUACGAUCCUGACUCCAGCAUCGUCUACUUGUGUGGCAAGGGAGACAGCAGCAUUCGGUACUUUGAGAUUACCGACGAGCCGCCUUUUGUCCACUACCUGAACACGUUCAGCAGCAAAGAGCCGCAGCGGGGCAUGGGUUUCAUGCCUAAGAGGGGACUGGAUGUCAGCAAGUGUGAGAUCGCCCGGUUCUACAAGCUGCACGAAAGAAAGUGUGAGCCUAUCGUCAUGACUGUGCCCCGCAAGUCAGACCUGUUCCAGGACGAUCUGUACCCGGAUACACCGGGCCCGGAGCCAGCCCUAGAAGCGGACGAAUGGCUAGCCGGCCAGGACGCCGAACCUGUGCUCAUUUCGCUGAGGGACGGCUACGUGCCCCCUAAGCACCGGGACCUCCGGGUCACGAAACGCAAUAUCUUGGACGUGCGCCCGCCCUCCGGCCCCCGCCGCAGCCAGUCGGCCAGCGACGCCCCCUUGUCGCAGCAGCACACCCUGGAGACGCUGCUGGAGGAGAUCAAGGCCCUCCGCGAGCGAGUGCAGGCCCAGGAGCAGCGCAUCACGGCUCUGGAGAACAUGCUGUGCGAGCUGGUGGACGGCACUGACUAGCUCCGAGCGCCGGGCAGGCGGAGCGGGGCAGGGCAGGAUGCACAAGCUCGGCCCCGCCCCGGCUUGUGGUCCCGGACUCCGGACCCCACCUUUUUGGGCUGGGGCCGGGGGCGGGACUGGGAAGGGAACUCCGCCCCUCAUGGGAGACCCUCCUCGUCUGGGACUCGGCUGGAGCUGGCCUAGGGAGGCCUGGGGUCACUGGAGGGUGCUCAGCAAUGGUGCUGCACGACGAGGUGGUGCCCCUCUUUGUCCUCCACCCAGGGCAAGGAAAGUAUUUAGUAUUAGGGUGAUGGUUGGGGAUAUUGGGGAGCCUGAGCUUGACCUCAAAUGGGUGGCGAUUCAAUGGGUCCACCCCAGGCUGGGGAAAAUGACAGCGCGUCUCCUAAUCAGCUCGCUGAAUUCCAUCACCCUGAGAGGUAAACCAGAUGGGCGUCACCCCAGUUCUGAAGACACAUACCCAACCCGUUUGCUGCAGAGCCGGACCCAGUGGCUACACCCACAGAGGUCUAGGGUAGAGAGCUCUCUCCUUCAUUCCACCGACAAGGGGCGAGGGCGGCUUCCUCGAGGCAGCCCCCGCGGAGAAGUCUUGAGAGAACCGGCAUGAUGAACUAGGUUCAUCUCACACACACACACUGCCCCCAACCCUCUGCCGUUGCCUUGACUCUGAGAAAAACAAGACGUACUGAAUGAAACACUUUACUAAGCUUGGGUCUCUGCCUCCUGCAUGGGUGGGGGUGAGGGGAAUGAGACCCCCCGCCCCAGCCUCUGCAAACACCACCCCCAGGCUCCUGGGAGACCUGGCGAUGCACUCCUGGGCUCAGGAGCCACCAUGCAGCCUCUUACACUAGAGCUCUCCCCACUCUGAGGUUCAGAAGGACCCCAACCUGCACCGUAGGUGGUCCCCCAGUAAAGUCAGGUAGGAAAAGCC